UGAGAGAACCCUAUAAAACUGAGAGGAAGGCAGGAGAGCCAUCAAACCUGGGGCUUGAAAAUAAGAUGAAGCUGUUUGUCGUCAGCAUCCUGUGUGCAUUUUUUCUGGUCGGUAGCCAAAAUCCAACAAGUCACUGGACUCUCCAGCCAAACGUUCUGGUGCUGGAAGUUGAUGGCAAUCCGGGACAACAGCCGAUCAGUUGCCUGGAGAUGCCAGAGAAUGUUGUGACGAGCGACAACCAGGACGUCAUUUGGAAGAAGAAUGGAGCAGAGGAGGCGCAGAGAGGAAACUGGUACCUGGUGCGGUUAGUGGAAAGCUUGGGAGGGGGCAACUACACGUGCCACAGCCCGGAUGGAGCUCUCCUAAAUUACACCGAGGUCCUGAUCCAGCAUAACGAAACCAAGAGAAGGAGGAUUCUUGUCAAAAAUCAGCAAGAGGAUUAUUUGAAGUGUUCCACUCAGAACUACAACGGGGAGUUUCGCUGUUCUUGGACAUGGCACAGCAAUCGUGUUGGCAAAGCUGCACUUAUCAAAGCUCAACGCAUGUCUGAGGGCCAGAACAGCCACUGCUCUGUGGAGCCCAGUCGCCACCAGUGGAUGUGCUCGUCAGCUCAGAGCAACUUCAGCUGCUCUGUGGACGACAGCGGGUCUGGUAUUUCCUGCCUGGACUGGCAGCACUGCCCAUACGCCGAGGAGAGACGGCAGGUCCAGGUCACUGUCUUUGUUAGGACCGAUCAGUUUCUGCUGGAGAGCUACUCUAAGCGGUUUUACUUGUCGGAAAUAGUGAAACCAGACAAGGUGAGGAUUAGCAAGGUGAACAAAACCUUGGUAGAGUGGAGUUACCCGAGCUCCUGGAACACGCCGUACUCCUACUUCCCUCUGACGUUCCAGGUCUCACAGUUCAGCCGUCAAUGCAGAAAGUGUGAAAACCCAUGCACAGAGCUGAAGCACUCAAAGACCUCGACAUUGUCUUCCUCUGACGUCUGCCAGCUUAAAGUGAAGCAAAAGAUUAAGGUUGUGUGUGUCCGAGCGAAGGAUGCGCUCUGUGACUCAGAGUGGAGCGAAUGGACCCACGUCAGAUUGAAAAGGGAUGAGGGGAAACAGAAAGAGGGAACAGCAGCAAUGAAUGAUACAACUUGAGGAAAGAGGAUCCUAGUGGACAUCCUAUACUGUUUGUCCCACUUUUAACUUAUUAAAUAGUGCAUCGUUUGUAAGCUAUAAGUUAUUAAUAUAUAAUUUAAUAAAACAAGGUCGCAAAGUUG